AUGUAAUCCGUCACACAUUUACUGUACUGCACCGUCGACACUAUCAAAUUGUGUCUUACUACAGGACUGUCGAGGUCCAAGAAUACAAGCGAGGAGACAAAUUAAUUUGAUUCAGGAAUCUAGGGGAAGUGAAGGAUCAUAAAUCCACUGUACACAGACGACCUCUGCCUUCUAUUGUCAUCCGCUCUGCAUCAGCAGCCAUGGAGGAGAACGAGUGCGACUCUGUCUUCGAGACCCAGAUCAGAGAGGAGCAUGUGGAGACUCUGUUUGGAAAUGUCCACUGCGUCAUGACAGGGACGCCCAGGGCAAGCCGUCCCGUCAUCCUGACCUUUCACGAUGUCGGACUGAACUAUAAGACCUGCUUUGAGACUCUCUUCAGCCACGAGGACAUGCAGGAAAUCAUCGGACACUUUCCUGUUUGUCACGUUGAAGCACCAGGACAACAUGAGGGGGCCAAAACUCUCCCUGCUUCGUAUACCUACCCGACCGUGGACCAGCUGUCUGAAGCACUGCCCGCUGUCCUCAAACACUUUGGGUUGCGAAGUGUGAUUGGAUUUGGAGUCGGAGCAGGAGCCUACAUCCUGGCUAAAUUCGCUCUAAAUCAUCCUGAUCUGGUGGAUGGAUUACUUCUGAUCAACAUCAACCCCAACGCAGAAGGAAUGAUGGAUUCUGUUGCAACCAAGAUCACUGAAUGGACCCACACUCUCCCAGACACAAUUAUCUCACACUUGUUUGGAACGGAGGAGAUCCAGACCAACCACGACCUCAUCGCUACGUACCGUCACCACAUCACGACAACAAUGAACCAGUCCAACGUGAGUCAGUUCUUCCGCUCCUACAACAGCCGCAACGCCCUGGAUGUGGAGAGGCCUGUUCCUGGGGGAACCAUCAACGUCAGGACACUCAAGUGCUCCACUCUGCUGAUUGUAGGAGAUAACUCUCCCGUUGUGGAGCCUGUGGUCGACUGCAACUCAAAACUCAACCCCACCAAGACCACACUGCUCAAGAUGUCGGAUUGUGGAGGACUUCCUCAUGUGGAACAGCCAGCCAAAGUGACUGAAGCCUUCAAAUAUUUCAUCCAGGGCAUGGGAUACUUGUCCAGUGCCAGUAUGACCAGACUCCGCUCCCGGACGGCAUCCAGCUCCAGCAUCUCGUCCUUCGAUGGCUCCCGGAGCCGCUCACACACCAACGAUUUGCAGCGAGGCCAGACACACUCGCAGGGCACCGAGGACAAGCGCGGGCGCUCACACACCGACGGCUCCAUGGAGAGUGUUCCCAUCAAUAAUUUGAGCCACAGCGUCUCAAAGUCCACUGAAGUGGCAUGUUAGAGCACACAGGGCCCUAAAUCCCUUGCACUUAAUUCAAAUUAUACCUCAUUGUAACUAUCCAUCUUGAACCUAUGUUCUGUCUUCACUUUCCCAUUGAUACCCCUCUUCAUUCAGUAAUGCCCUUUUAUCUGCACUAUCUCUGGCUGAAGGGUCACAGGUCAUACCUCCAUGUGACUUUUCUCCAUCCCUCCUCUCUGCUCUCUACUCUGUACGUCUACCUCUACUGUCUUCUUCUUUACUCAAUGUUUUCCUCUCUUUCCCUGCUCAUAUCCUUCUAUUUGUCGACUUUUUACCACUUUCCCCUUUGACCCUGACCUGCAAGCUUCAGCACUGUCUGAUGAAUACAAUGAUACACACUACAUGUGGUAAACAUAAAAGUGGAAAUGUAUUCUUUAAAGAAUGAAUCCUCAGGCUAACGCAAAUGUGUACUUCUUUGUCAUGAAUAAUAGAAAUAUGUAAAGAUUAAGUAUUUGCCAGUGUGAAAACUGUACAUUCAUAACUGCUGAGAUGUAUAUUGAUUGUAUGCAACAGUGACAGCUGUGUAUAACAUUAUUGUAGUUCACAAUAAUGAUUUAAAUUGGACCUGCUUUCAGUGUUCCAGUGAGUUAUAUACAUUUAUAUAGUUAAUAUGAUGAUAUGUUACAUAUGUUACAAAACAAAUGAUUUGAUGUGAGUAUUUCUUGUCUCUAUUAGUGAUAAAACAUUUUAAGGUAAACAAAAUA